UUCACAAUUUCCGGGAUGGGGCUGUGGUGGGGCACAGUGCAGCCUCCAGCCAGGAGGAUGGGGUGGCUCCCACUCUUGCUGCUUCUGACACAAUGUUCAUGGGCUUUUGGGCAGCGCUCACCACUGAAUGACUUCCAGCUGCUCCGGGGCCGAGAGCUAAAGAAUCUUCUACAUACAGUGGUGCCAGGGCCUUGGCAGGAGGAUGUGGCAGAUGCUGAGGAGUGUGCUAGGCGCUGUGGGUCCCUUCUGGACUGUCGGGCCUUCCACUACAACAUGAGUAGCCAUGGUUGCCAGUUGCUGCCAUGGACCCAGUACUCACCCCACAUACAGCUGCACCAUUCUAGUCUCUGUGAUCUCUUCCAGAAGAAAGACUACGUUCGGAACUGCAUCAUGGACAAUGGGGUCAGCUACCGGGGCACUAUGGCCAGGACAGCAGAUGGCCUGCCCUGCCAAGCCUGGAGCCACAAGUUCCCCAAUGACCACAAGUAUACACCCACACCAAAGAAUGGCCUGGAAAAGAAUUUCUGUCGGAACCCUGAUGGAGACCCCAGAGGUCCCUGGUGCUAUACAAUAAAUCAUACUGUGCGUUUCCAGAGUUGUGGCAUCAAGUCCUGCAGGGAAGCUGUUUGUGUUUGGUGCAACGGCGAGGAUUACCGCGGGGAGGUAGACCGAACGGAGUCGGGACGCGAGUGCCAACGCUGGGACCUGCAGCACCCUCACUCGCACCCCUUCCAGCCUGGCAAUUUCCUGGACAAAGGUCUAAAAGACAACUACUGCCGUAAUCCUGAUGGAUCUGAGCGGCCCUGGUGCUACACCACAGACCCACAUAUCGAGCGAGAAUUCUGCAACCUCCCCAGUUGCGAGCCCAACCAGCCACGGCCCAUCCAAAGAUCCAAAGCACACCAGCACAAGGGCAAAGCUUUAAACUGCUUCCGCGGGAAAGGCGAAGACUAUCGAGGCACAACCAAUACCACCUCUGCUGGUGUGCCCUGCCAGCGUUGGGACGCGCAGAGCCCGCACCAACACCGCUUCGUGCCGGAGAAAUAUGCUUGCAAGGACCUUAGGGAGAAUUUCUGCCGGAAUCCUGACGGCUCGGAGGCGCCCUGGUGCUUCACGUCGCGACCUGGUUUGCGCGUGGCCUUCUGCCACCAGAUCCCACGCUGCAGAGAGGAAGUGCCCCCAGAGGGCUGCUAUCACGGCUCAGGACAACAGUACCGCGGCUUGGUCAGCAAGACCCGCAAGGGCGUCCAGUGCCAACACUGGUCGGCGGAGACACCACACAAGCCACAAUUCACACCUAUCUCAGCACCGGAAGCUGGAUUGGAGAAAAACUUCUGCCGAAAUCCAGAUGGGGAUAGCCAUGGACCCUGGUGCUAUACUACGGACCCAGCGACCCUGUUUGACUACUGUGCCCUACACCGCUGCGAUGAUGACCAGCCACCAUCCAUUCUGGACCCCCCAGACCAGGUGCAAUUUGAAAAGUGUGGCAAAAAGGUGGACAAGAGGAACAAUCUUCGCGUGGUGGGGGGCCAUCCUGGGACCUCACCUUGGACAGUGAGCUUGCGGAACCGACAGGGCCAGCAUUUCUGUGGAGGGUCCCUAGUGAAGGAGCAGUGGAUACUAACUGCCCGGCAAUGCGUCUGGUCCUGUCAUGAACCUCUCAUAGGAUAUGAGGUAUGGUUAGGGACAAUCAACCAGAAUCCACAGCAUGGGGAGUCAAACCUGCAGCAGGUCCCAGUAGCCAAGACAGUAUGUGGACCUGUAGGCUCCCAGCUUGUCCUGCUCAAGCUGGAGAGACCUGUGACCCUGAACCAUCAUGUGGCCCUGAUCUGUCUGCCUCCUGAGCAGUAUGUGGUGCCUCCAGGGACCAAGUGUGAGAUUGCAGGCUGGGGUGAAUCCAAAGGUACAAGUAAUAACACAGUCCUUCAUGUGGCCUCAAUGAAGGUCAUCUCCAACCAGGAAUGUAAUGUGAAGCACCGAGGACAGGUACAGGAGAGCGAGAUGUGCACCGAGGGAUUGCUGGUCCCUACAGGGGCUUGUGAGGGUGACUACGGGGGCCCGCUUGCCUGCUUUACUCAUAACUGCUGGGUCCUGGAAGGACUUAUAAUCCCCAAUCGAGUGUGUGCACGGCCCCACUGGCCAGCCAUCUUCACACGUGUGUCUGUUUUUGUGGACUGGAUUAACAAGGUCAUGCAGCUGGAGUAGAUCUGGCCUUGAUCCUUUGCUUUUUUCCUGUCAAACAUAAAGCCGCCUUUUCUCUGUGCCUGUA